CACCCAAAAUUGAUCUUCCUCCCCUCCCUCCCAAGGCCAAAGCGGCGCCGGCAACAACUGGGCCAAGGGCCACUACACGGAAGGGGCGGAGCUGGUGGACUCGGUGCUGGACGUGGUGCGCAAGGAGGCCGAGAGCUGCGACUGCCUGCAGGGCUUCCAGCUCACCCACUCGCUGGGCGGCGGCACCGGCUCGGGCAUGGGCACCCUGCUCAUCUCCAAGAUCCGCGAGGAGUACCCCGACCGCAUCAUGAACACCUUCAGCGUGGUGCCGUCGCCCAAGGUGUCGGACACGGUGGUGGAACCCUACAACGCCACCCUCUCCGUCCACCAGCUGGUGGAGAACACCGACGAAACCUAUUGCAUCGACAACGAGGCCCUCUACGACAUCUGCUUCCGCACCCUCAAGCUGACCACGCCCACCUACGGCGACCUCAACCACCUGGUGUCGGCCACCAUGAGCGGCGUCACCACCUGCCUGCGCUUCCCCGGGCAGCUCAACGCCGACCUGCGCAAGCUGGCGGUCAACAUGGUGCCCUUCCCGCGCCUCCACUUCUUCAUGCCGGGGUUUGCCCCGUUGACCAGUCGGGGGAGCCAACAGUACCGGGCCCUCACCGUGCCCGAGCUCACCCAGCAGGUGUUCGACGCCAAGAACAUGAUGGCGGCCUGCGACCCGCGGCACGGCCGUUACCUCACCGUUGCCGCCGUCUUCCGCGGCCGCAUGUCCAUGAAGGAGGUGGACGAGCAGAUGCUCAACGUGCAGAACAAGAACAGCUCCUACUUCGUGGAGUGGAUCCCCAACAACGUGAAGACGGCCGUGUGCGACAUCCCGCCGCGGGGCCUCAAGAUGGCCGUCACCUUCAUCGGCAACUCCACCGCCAUCCAGGAGCUCUUCAAGCGCAUCUCGGAGCAGUUCACGGCCAUGUUCCGCCGCAAGGCCUUCCUGCACUGGUACACGGGCGAGGGCAUGGACGAGAUGGAGUUCACCGAGGCCGAGAGCAACAUGAACGACCUGGUCUCCGAGUACCAGCAGUACCAGGACGCCACGGCCGAGGAGGAGGAGGAUUUCGGCGAGGAGGCCGAAGAGGAGGCUUGAGGAGAGGAGGAGGAGUUGUUGUCGUGGAGUCCCCUCCCCUUGUGUGUCGUCCCGGAGAGCCGGGGGCAGCUGAGGCGCCGCGCGGCCCCCGG